GCCCCCUGCCGGGGAGUCGGCGCGGAACAGUUACGCUCUGGCCCCGAUGGGCAUUUAUUGAGCGCCCACAGAAUGCCCGCGCUGUACUGGGUGCCGCCACCUCGGCUAGCGCGCGGGGAAGCUCCGUCUCCAAGGGCCCGGUCUUACGCACGCCUGCAGCCGCCCGGGCCCGGGUCUGAGCGCCGGAUGGCGUGGGCGCUGCGGGGAGAGGGGCGCGCGGCGGGCCGGUAGGGGGCGCGGCGGGCCGGACCGGGCGGGGCCGGGCGGAGCGGGAACCGGACCCAGCGGCGCACACCCUCUGCGGUCCGCAGAUGGCGGCGCCGGGCGCGGGGCCCGGGCCGGGGCCGCCACCGGGGCUGGAGGCGGCCCUGCAGAAGCUGGCGCUGCGGCGGAAGAAGGUGCUGAGCGCCGAGGAGAUGGAGCUGUUCGACCUGGCGCAGGCGGCGGGCGGCGCCAUGGACCCCGACGUGUUCAAGGAGAAACAAAGGCAGCGGUGCCCUUGGCGGAGGCCCGACGCUGCUAGAACGCGGUGUCCGGGAAGGAUCCAGCCAGAGGAUGCCCCGCCAGCCCAGCGCCACCAGGCUGCCCAAGGUGGGCGGGCCGGGGAAGAGCCCCACGCGGAGCAACACCUGAGCAAGAGGAUUUGCACGGGCCCACCGCAGGCUGCCAGCCUCUCAGACAGGCUGCUCCUCCUGUUGGUAAUAAACCUCUUUGAAAACCUGAGGGUCUGUUCAAGAUGUCUUCUGUUACCUUUUGAAUAUAUUAAGGCACAGAGAUUUAGAAUUAGUUCUGUGUGCUGGUCCUCGUCAUGCUUCAGCUGAACCAACCAAGUGACUUCAACCAGUGACCCCACCUCCCAGACCUCAUUUUUGAGCCUGUGAGAAAAUGUGCAUAUUACCAGGUCUUCUGCCUUUUCACUGAGGCCCUCCCAGGGCACUCAGGUGCAGCAGGGGUUUGAGCACAGAAGGGCUGUGACCUAGAGCUUUUAACCCUCUGUGGGUCAUGCAUGCCACAGAGAAUCCAGUAAAACCCUUUCCCCCAAAAUGUCUUGACCUUCCACAUUUGCCCCAGUUUUACAGGUUUACAUGGACCUCAGGUUUUCAAACUCCAAUUCUAAGCUUUUAUACCUUAGUCCACUUGUCCCGUCAAUAAAGAAGCCUGAAAAAUGGCAAAUUCAAUUGAAAAACCUAA